GCCGGCCCUAAGGGCUUGCUUCCCGGUUGGUAGGCGAGCGGUCCAGGUGACUGGCCGCCAACACCCCCCAGCCUGCUCCCCUGUUGGUUGCGACUGCCUCCCUCCUCCUCUACCGGGUAAAGACGCCGCACUUCGGCUGGUCAGCGGAUCUCGCACGCUCGGAGCUCCGGUGACUCGCUCGCGCCAUGGCGUCCCAGAGUCGUCGGCGGAGGCCGCUGCGAAGGCCUGAGACGGUGGUGCCGGGGGAGGCGGCCGAGACGGACUCGGAGCUCUCUGCGUCCUCGUCGGAGGAGGAGGAGCUGUACCUGGGUCCCUCGGGCCCGACGCGCGGCCGCCCCACGGGACUGCGGGUGGUCGGGGAGGCCGCGGAGACCGACUCGGACCCGGAGCCUGAGCCGAAGGCCGCGCCGAGGGAUCUGCCUCCGCUCGUGGUGCAGCGGGACACGGCCGGCGAGGCCUGGGGCGAGGAGGAGGCCCCGGCGCCCGCCCCCGCACGCUCGCUGCUGCAGCUCCGGCUGGCUGAGAGCCAGGCGCGGCUGGACCACGACGUAGCGGCCGCGGUGAGCGGUGUGUACCGCCGCGCGGGCCGUGAUGUAGCCGCCCUGGCUGGCAGGCUGGCGGCUGCCCAGGCGGCGGGAUUGGCGGCGGCCCACAGCGUGCGCCUGGCACGGGGGGACCUCUGCGCGCUGGCCGAGCGCCUGGACAUCGUGGCCGGCUGCCGCCUGCUGCCCGACAUCCGCGGCGUGCCCGGGACUGAGCCUGAACAAGAUCCGGGACCGCGAGCCUAGCUGUGACCCACUCUCCCGCCUGACUGCGCCCUGGGGGUAGGCCUUGCGGCCUCUGGGACCCGGCUCUGUGCCCUGUUUAGCCACCCACCCAUCUUGCUGUCACCCUCAGGGAGAACCCCGCCCCCUGGAUAAUGCUGUGUGUGGGUGUGGGUGUCGUUGUGUGUGCACGGGGGUGGGUAAUGGUGUGCGGCCUUGCCGGGCCCUAGCAUCUGGUUCCUCCCCCUGGUCGUCCUGGUCCUUGCUCCCUGUUUCAGAGGUUGUGUCUGAAGCUUGGCUCUAACUCCUGUGCAACUAACCGCUUCUUGGUCUGUCUCCAUCUUAGGGGCUCACAGAGCCUCGCCUUUCCUUUCUCUCCCUUCCUCAGUUUGUUUUUUGUUCACAGGGGCUGGCCUUGCUUCUUUCUCCCCACGGGAACCCCCACCCCCAUCUGGCACAGAUUCCCUGAUAUCUUCCUUCACUGCCUUGGCUCUGUUUCUGGACCUAGCUCUACAUGUGGAAUUUUGUGCCUCUAAUCUGGACCCUUUUUCUGCUCCCCAGGCUUGGCCCUGAUUCCAUCUCCUCCUUCUAGUCCUUGCUCUGCCACCUCCUGGCUCCUUCUCCUUGGGCUUAGCUCCACCCCCAUGGCCUGAUCUUGUUUCCUGGGUCCAGCUGUACCCUUAGGUUUGGUUCCGCAUCUUUUUGCUUCUCCCAUCCUGUUUAAACUACCUACUUAAUUCUGGGCUCUGGGAACCCCUUAUGGUUUUCUUCAUCAGGCCCAAGAUGAGGUCCCCUCCUUACCCACAGAGGUCCCCCUCCCAACUCUCCAGGCCCAAGGUGGCAUCUCCUCAAGGCCCAAGUUGGUGUGUCCUUCCCACCAUCCAGGCCAAGAUGGUGCUUUUUGCUCAAGCUCCAGGUACCUGAUGGGUCUCUUCCUGACUCUCCAGGCUGAGAGUGCCCCCAGCAGGCAUUUAGGGCCCAUUACAGACUUGCCCUGGAACUUUGCACACAACAUGACACCACUUUGCAGAUGAGGACCGUGUGCAUAUUGUUUGUUCACUGUGUUGUUCCCUGGAUGCUAAAAGGGCCUGGAUUUCUGGCUUGGCUCAGGACUUGGAUUAGCUCCUUUCUGCUCCUUCUCACCUGCUUGCUCUUCUCCCAGCCCCAGCCCCUCAGUCCCAUUCACAUUUAUUCUCCUCCCCCACUCUCUUAUCCCAACCUGAGCUGAGAUCUGAGCCCCCAGGAUGGAGAAGUGGGGAAGAGCGCUCUAUGGCCAACUCAUUAAAACUCAAAAGACAUUUACUGAUAUGGUCAGUUCCUCUUAUCUCCCCAUCUAAGUGAGGAGCAGGUUAGUUGGGGAUUUCACUGAGAAUGUGGGUGCUAAGAAAGGGAUCCUUCACGCCUAGCCUAUUGAGGGUGAACCUGUAGCUGGAAAAUCAGGGACCCUAGCUUUUUGCCCUGGUUCUGCACUUAUUUGUAAUUUGUUAGUUCACUACGCGUUUGUUGAGCUCCUGUUCUGUGCCUGUCCUUAGCCUGUCACUGAGGGUGCCACAGCCAGGCCAGGCCCUGGCAGAGCUGACAGUCCACUGGGGGAGAUGGACAUUAAAAUAUUCUUGUAAAUAAAUGGAUAGUUUUAAUAAUUGUAAUUAUACUUUAUAAUUUUUCUGGCCUUGCGAUUAGUGCCAUAAAGAAAUAGAGGAGUUUUGUGAGGGCGUAACUGAGAUCUGUCUCACCUUAUCUGUGGAAGGAUCAGAUGGCUUCCCUGAAGAAGUGAUAAGUGAGUUUGAGCCAAGCCCUGAAGGUGUAAAAAGAUGAAACAGGUCGGGUGGAAAAGAGUUGCAAGCAGCGGGAACAGCAUAUGCAAAGGCCCUGAGUCAGAAGUGGGGCAUAGCCUAUUUAAUAACCAAAGAGGGUGAUAUCGUCUAUUCAUCUGGAGUGCAGAGAGCAGGGGAGAUGGGGGUGGUGGGGGUGGUGAGCGCUGUGCCAGCAGGGGCCAGACGAAGCUGGGCUUUUAAACCAGGUAAAGGUUCUUGGUCUUUAUUGAACAACCAAUAAACAGAGAACGAUGCCGUUUGAUGAAUGCGUUUUGUGAAGGAGAUUCUGAGCCUGGUGCUUCUGCAGUGUGGUUGCCUCUGAAAAAUACCCGGAAGUACUGGUUUAAAAAAUCAAACAUCCUUUUAAAUGUAUAGCUGAGCUCAGAGAGAACAUGGGCAAUCUCCUGGACCCAAAUUGCAGAGGUAGUUUCAAACCACAGUUGCUCUGACAGCAUUUGCCAAUACCAGAGACUCAAAGUCUUGGAUUUUUUUUUUUUUUUAAUUUUAUUGAAGUAGGGUUGCUUUGCAAUUUUGUAUUACUUUCUGCUGUACAGCAAAGUGACUUAGUUAUGUGUGUGUGUGUAUUCUCUUUUAUGUUCUUUUAUGAUUUAUUACAGGAUAUUGAAUAUCGUUAGUUCCCUGUGCUAUACAGUAGGACCUUGUUGUUUGGCCCUUCUAUACAUAAUAGUUUGCAUCUCUGAAUCCCAAACUCCCAGUCCUUCUCUCUCCUCCCCCUUGA